GACUUUAGCGUGUCGAGAACGCACACAGCAAAUAUAUAUAUCGAAUCCGAGAAAACCGAAAGAGCCGGAGCAAUCCGCCACAAGAAACGUUCGAAAGAGACCCAGAGAAAUUUUGAAAAAAUACCCAAAAUCACAAUAAUUUUUUUUGAAACACCAACUCACUCUCAGCCGCGUUGAAUAUUUUUUCCAAGUGCAUAUAUACACUGUAACAAAAGAAAGUGCAUUCAAGUGUGUCGUGAAAUACAGCCAAGGAUUACAUUAUUCGGAUACAGGAUGCAUCUGCCAGCGGGUCCAACGAUGGUGGCCAAUAACACACAGGUCCUGGCCGCAGCGGCGGCGGCGGCAGCAGCAGCGGCAGCCAUUUCCGCCGGAAAUGUCGUUGGCGCUAGCACAGGAUCGAGCGCCGCCAGUACACACAACACCUCCGCGAAUCCGGCGCACAAUACCAGCACACAUUCGGCCAGCAGCACGGGUAGCUCCACCCCGGAUCUUAGCACCAACAACUCCACCUCCAAUUCCAAUUCCAACUCAAACUCGAACUCCAACUCCAAUGCGAAUGCCAAGAUGCCCAGCUCGAUGACGGACAUGUUCGCCAGCCUUCACGAAAUGCUCCAGGAAUAUCACGGCGAACUGGCCCAGACCGGCUCCCCAUCGAUCCUGUGCAGCGCCCUGCCCAACCACUGGCGAUCCAACAAGUCGCUGCCGGGUGCCUUCAAGGUGAUCGCUUUGGAUGAUGUACCAGACGGCACUCUCGUGUCGAUCAAGUGCGGCAACGAUGAGAAUUACUGCGGCGAGCUGAGGAAUUGCACCACCACGAUGAAGAACCAGGUGGCCAAGUUCAAUGAUCUACGCUUCGUGGGACGAUCCGGCAGGGGCAAGUCCUUUACGCUGACGAUCACCAUUGCCACGUAUCCAGUGCAGAUCGCCAGCUACAGCAAGGCCAUCAAGGUGACGGUCGACGGGCCGCGGGAGCCAAGAAGUAAGCAAAGCUAUGGCUAUCCUCAUCCCGGCGCCUUCAAUCCCUUCAUGCUGAAUCCCGCCUGGCUAGAUGCGGCGUAUAUGACCUAUGGGUAUGCGGACUACUUCCGUCACCAGGCUGCUGCCCAGGCUCAGGCCCAGGUGCAUCAUCCAGCGCUGGUCAAGGCCGCUGCCGCCUCUGCCUCCGUUUCCCCGAACUCUCAGAACAAUGCGGCGGCCACGCAGUCCUCCUCGGGCGGUGCCGCCAACUCCUCUUCCUCCUCCGUGUCAUCUCUGGCUCCCGAAUAUGCCGCCCAUGCCCAGGCGGCGGCAGCAGCAGCAGCAGCGGCAGCCGCGUCAGCGGGUCAGCCGGCGGCCAUGAUGCCAUCGCCACCAGGAGCAGCACCGGCUGCAGCCUAUGCCAUGCCACAGUUCCCGUUCAAUCAUGUGGCCAAGGCCACUCCCCAUGCCUUCCACCCGUACAAUUUUGCCGCAGCGGCGGGUCUUCGGGCUCGCAACGCCGCCCUGCAUCCCCACGCUUUGCAAACGACGGAGGCCGCCCAGCCCAGUCCGGCUAGUUCGCGGCCAUCCAGCUCCUCACCGACGCAGAGCCACCAGAGCCAUGUGCUGCUCAAGCUGAACACCUCCAUCGAGACUAGCUCCAUUCACGAGCAGUCCGCCUCCGAUGCCGACUCCGAUGACGAGCAGAUCGAUGUGGUCAAGUCGGAGUUUGAUCUGGACAAGAGCAUUGACUCUACGCGCAGCUCGCCGGCGCACCACAUUGCUCCGAUCACGCCGAUCCGCAUGCGCUGUGACCUCAAAGCGCCGUCGGCGAUGAAGCCGCUCUACCAUGAGACCAGCGCCACGGAGGUGCCAUCACCGGAGACCACCUGUAUACCGGCGGCCACCAAGCUCAAGAGUGCCGCCGUCCAGCAGAAAACCGUGUGGCGUCCCUACUAAGAAAAUCUCCUACCCCCCCCCCACACACACCCCUCCCAAAGAAAAGUGAUAAAAACUGGAAAAGCGGCGGCGCAGAGCGGCAAGCAAGCAAAAAAAAAAAAAAAAAGAUAAUUGUGAUAUAGUGUAUUAAGUAAAGACGCCUCCGGCCGGCAAACGGAGCAGCCUCAUCAGUGGAAGGAUAAGCAGGAAAAGCAUCAUCAUCAGCAGCCGCAGCGGAAACCCCAACCGACAGCGAAUAGAAAAAAAGAAAACUCAAACCCCAAGGACUUUGAGCUCCGGCGAAGUUUUAUGCUCGAUUCAUAAAAUCGUGCGACGAGUUCGAGCCCAGAAGGAGUCUCCUCCCAUUUUUCACAAGAUCUUCCCCGGAAAAUCUUCAAGAAAGCAAAAGGAAAACACCAAAAAAAUAACAACAAUUUUAGUUCAAUUUCCCAACAUUUUAUUUUCACAACAAACACACUCUGUAUAUAGAUAACUAGUUGUAACACUCUUUUUUUUUACAUAUUUUUUUUUGUGGAUAAUAUAUGCGAAUUUAGCUAUUUGUAAUUUAUAAGUUUAACUAGUCCCUUAAGCGAGAAAUCAAUUUUUUUGUCUAGCUGUAAGUUUUAGCGCGAAAAGAAAAAAAAACAAAAACAAAACAAAAAAUCUUUAACACAAAAAACGAAUUUGAAACAAAACCAAAUAA